GUACAGCGUUUCUGUGUUGAAGUGGACAAAUAAACGCUCAGCUGUGUCAAUAGAAAACUGAAAGACUGGACUAAACUGACCUCGAAGUAAAGCACUGAUACUGUCAAUUGAACAGCUGCAGGGCUAUACCGAUACAACAGGCCUUUGCAGGACGCUAAAACGUUAUUUUCUGAGUGUCAUCCCAGUUAAUGAGAAUUAAUACACAUUGAGCCUCUGCGCGUGCUUUCUGAAAACAAAAACAAGACACGGACAAAAUGUCUGACUUUGUCACUUUGUUGCUGAUUCUAUUUUUGGUCGUUUGUAUUAUCUUAACCCUGGUGAGCUUCGUGUUUUACACCGGUCUUCUCUCUGAAGUCGUGGUUCGAACUGGAUCUCCACCGGUGAAGAAGAUCACGAUCGCAUAUAAGUUCAGUAAAGGAUCGUACAAGGCCAGUGGAGCUGCUUUCACUGAGAGCUGCAGUAUCGGACCAAAGCUGUCAUCGGUCGGGGUGUUUUACGAUCACCCCAAUCAGACUCCGUGUCGGUAUGUUGUGGGCAGUAUACUGAGUGAAAAUGAAGAGAAACCUGAUGAAGAGCUACAGCGUCUGUAUGAGAAGUUUGGCUACAAGGUCAUCUCCUUUCCAGAAGUCACCUGUGCUGUGACGUCCUCAUUUCCCAACAGAUGUGCUUUGUCUCCUAUCUGUGGGGCAUAUAGAGUCUACCCUGAACUUGAACAGUAUAUAAAGGAAAGGAGUCUAAAUGCGUACCCAUUCCUGGAGAUAUGCAAAGGGGAUCUGAUCCAUUACAUGUGUCCUCUAGAGAAUCAGACAGACUUCUGUGUCUCUGAACUUCAUGAGAAGAAAACAUCAACCGAUGAGACAGAGGAAACAGAGGAGCAUAGAGACGCUGAUGUCACGGAGUCAGAGACAGGUAAAGAAUUUAGGCCUGAGUCAAGCUCUGUGAUCAAGGAGGUGGUUGAAGAGAGCAGGAAUGUGGUGGAAGCCUCAGCCCCAUUGCUGGAAUGCUCUCAGCAAACACUGGGUGAAGAAGAGGAUCAAAGUGAGGAUGGGGACCAGGGAGGCAAGGGAUCGAGUGAGUCUGUAGGCAGUGGCUCUUCCUUUGAAGAGCUGGACAUGGAAAUAGAAGAGGAGAAGGAGGAGGAAAAGAAUGAAGACCUGGAAGAAGAGGAGGAAGAUCAUAAUGGACAGGAGAAGCUAGAGGAAGAAACAGUUGGGAACAGAGAGGAGUGAGGGAUUAGUGAAUUAGAGGGAAUGUGGGCGAAUGAUGAGUGUUUGUGUAUGCAUGUGCACAUAUUUGAGUGUAGAUGAAUACAGUAUGUGAGAGGAAAAGAGUUUGUAUUUGUCUUUGAAAUCAUCAAAGGCUUUGUUUUAUUUUUGAAUGAGUCUUUCUGAAUGUUGAAAUUAGCAUCCCUAAAUACGUGGAAAGUUUCUUCCCUGUUAUCACAGCAAGCAAUUAUUCAUUUCAUAACCUUUUAUUAAAGACCCAAUGAAAUGCACAUUAUUCUUUCACUUUGUAUUUAUGUCUGUAAAAAAAAAAUGAUAUGUUGCGUUCUCUAUUGUCUUUCGUUCACACAGUAAUCAUGGACUACAUUUAGCCAGAAAGUAAAUAAUGUGCAUUCUGAAAAUGAGGUAACACCAUUAGCCAUUAACACUAGUUAACAGCUUAAUCAAACCUUUUUCAUAAACAUGUUCAACAGAUGAUAUAUUCAAUUUUGUUUGAUUUAAAACAGGAAUGAUUAAUUUCAAGUGUUUUAUUGAUUCUGUUGUAUUCAAAUGAAUCUGAAAAGUGUGGAAUAGCAGGGGAAUGCAGCGGGUAUUUUGUUUUUUGCAAUUCAAGUGUCGUGUACCAUUUUUGUCUUCCCUGCAUGCAAUUGAAAGACUAUGUAUUGGUUGUUUGGAAAAGGUUAGUUGAACAAACAGAGAGAUUUAGUAUAUGAAAAAUAUUCUAAUAUAACUAUAUAUGUUUCUUUUCCUUUACUAUGUAUUUUUCUAUAUACAUUUUUCAGUAAUUACUUCUCACAUCACACCUAAGAGAAACAUAAAGAUAUGUUUGGUUUUGAGGAAUAUUUUUUGAAAUUGUCAUCUUAUGUGUCAGAAUGUAUUAUGCUGUUAUGUAUUCUUUUGAUACUAACAGGUAAUGUCCCUGAAACACACUGUUGAUCAGGCUUUUUACAAUGUAAUUCUGCAUUCUUAAAGUAUAAAGUAUGUGUA